AUGGGCUGAAGCUAACGAAACCCUCGAGAAACAUCCUUCUCAACCCUAUCGGCUGUCAUCUCCUAUUUAUGUUUCUCAGCACAAUCUUGUAAAUAUUCCUUUUCCAGGAAAGAUUGUUGGUUAGAUUAUCAAUGGGGAAUUGUAUGUUUAAAGGGUUUGGAGGGAUGGAAGAGAUGGUGAAGGUGGUGACCUCCAGUGGCGGCAUCAUGGAGCUCUAUGCACCCAUCACCGCCGAGUGCAUAACCAACGAGUUCCCCGGCCACGGCAUAUUCCGAAGCCGCGACCUAUUUGCACAGCCUCUCCUCCACAACGAAGACCUCCACAUCGGACAGCUAUACUAUCUCCUCCCUCUCAACCCCUACAAAUCCAACAACGUUAACAGUACCACCACGUCCAAGCAAUCCGACACGGCCGCCGCCAUUAACAGUAGCAUGUCUUCUUUGUCGUCCAUUAAUGCAGCGACGCCGUACCGCAUGUCGUGCGACAACCAAGGGAUCAUGAAGCGGUUCUCCGACCCGGAAGUUGUUCCGAGGUAUAACAGCACCGGCGUGUGGAAGGUGAAGCUGGUGAUUAGCCCUGAGCAGCUGUCGGAGAUCUUGUCGCAGGAGGCUCGCACCGAGGCGUUGAUAGAAAGCGUGAGGACAGUCGCCAAGUGCAGUAGUGGGGUCCCCUCGGCGGCUAAUUCAGAUCAGUGGAGCCUGUCCAGUAGUUGGAAGGGAUCGUCGGAUCGGAUGUGAAGAAAUUAAUAUAUAUAUUUUUUUCUUCCAAUUUAAUUUUUUUUUUUCUCUAUUUAGUUUCAAUGUUAAUUCAUGUACGAUAGCAAGCUGAUGCAGUGUGAAGAAACUCUA